AUGUCUAAUUACAAUGAUUUUCCUGACAACAACAAUAAUUAUCUUCCUGAGUUUGAAAUUAAUAAAUUCAACUCAGACAUAUAUAAUGAAUUUAUUACGGACAUUCAAUAUAAUCUUGAUUAUCAACAUACUUUAAAUUUAACAGAACAAGAAAACAAUGAUGACAAUGAUGACAAUGACUCUAUUUUAGAUAAUACGACAAGUAUUUGCUCAUCAUCUUCUUCUACAAUAGAAAGUCUGUCUUCAAUUAAUAAUAUUGGCUCACCUCCUACAACGGAAAAUAUAUCUUUAAAUAAUAAAAGUAAAACAACAUCUGUAGUUUGGAAUUUUAUGCAUAAAAAAUAUAAUAGUCAAAAUGAAGUUAUAGAAAUA